AUGAUAUUCACUAGUAGAAUCCUGUUCCAAAACAAAAGCAAGCGUCUUCCUGUGCGUCUUAAUAGCUGUGUUCAGUCUGGGUAUUUCUAUUUGACCAGAAUAUCCCCUCUAAAGUCCAAGUUCAGAAUGGCUUUACGUAAGUACGACCCUAGGGUGGACCGUCACGUAGUAUUCUAUCAAACAACGAACGCUGGCUCCGGAUCUCGAAGAACUCCUCCUUCAGAGCAUUCUGCUAAAUACGCUCGAUUAACGGGGAAGGCCAAGAACAUUAGGCCUUUGAUCGCAAGAAUACAAAGAGCAUACGAAUACGGAAGAUACAAUGCGUUCGACAGGGCGUAUCAGAGACUUGUGGACUCCAAGGGGAAGGUAACUCCCAGAAUGAACUAG